AUGUCGUCUGCUGCCAUGCAGACGGCUCCUGCUCAUACCUCGGCCGCACCCACCACCUCUUACACCACCUCCCACCCCCAGAAUGCGUACCCUUCCAGAGCCUCAGCCACACAUCAUCAACAACAACAUUCUCGCUCCUCUCAGUCUGUCGACAGGUCGGCCCGUGGCUCGCCUCCAUCAAGACGUUCCAACCCACAGUCAACCACCAAUGGUGUGAACCCUAAUUCCACUCUUGCUCCGCAGCAGGCUCCCUACGGAUCAGCAUCGCCCACCAUGAACGCCUCUGUCCAGCAAUCCCCCAACUUGGCCAACUCGCAGAGCCCUGUUUCGGCUGAUCACAGUCAGAGUCGUUCUAAUGUGCCCGAAGGGCUAGCAAUCCCCCCACGAACCUCAUCACACCAGCGGCCCCGAAACCACGCGUCAAGCCAUUCAAGAAGCAGAGGCGAUGAAACCAGCGAGGGCAGGUCCCGUCGUCGAGCACAGCAGUCCUCUGAAACUCCAUCUGACACAAACGACAGCCGAAGCCAACGUCGCCAGAAGAGUACUGACAACACCGGAACGGGUUCGUCCACCGAGGUCGAUGCCCUCAACCCGAUCCUAAACCACGUUGAGAUUACAGAUCCCGCUGAAGAUAUCGAGCGCGAGCAUGAACGCCAAGUGGAUGCUCAAAACUCAGCAGCCGUGGGAUCAUCUUCAACCCCUGUCUUCGGAGCUUCAGGCGAAGAGGGUGUUGAUGAAAACAACCGCGGGGCCAUGAAGAGCCGUCAUGACUAUUCCAACCAAUCUAGUCGGCGAAAAGAAACUACGUUUGGCAAGUACAUUCUCGGGCAAACCUUGGGUGAAGGCGAGUUCGGCAAAGUCAAGCUUGGCUGGAGACGAGAGGGGGGUGUACAGGUCGCUAUCAAACUGAUACGCCGUGAGAGCUUGGGAGCCAAUCCGAGCAGACUGCCCAAGAUCUAUCGAGAAAUCUCAAUUCUUCGGGAUCUGUCGCAUCCCAACAUUGUGCGACUACACGAGAUGGUGGAGACUGACCGGUACAUUGGAAUCAUCAUGGAAUACGCGUCUGGAGGAGAGCUCUUUGAUUUCAUCCUGAAUAACCGCUAUCUGAAGGAUCACGCGGCUAGGCGUCUCUUUGCCCAGCUCAUAUCUGGUGUCGGUUACCUGCACAAAAAGGGAAUCGUGCACCGUGAUCUGAAGUUGGAAAAUCUGCUGCUAGACAAAAAUCGUAACAUUAUCAUUACCGAUUUUGGAUUUGCCAAUACGUUCAACUUGGGCGAUGAACUCAGCGAUGAAAUCGAAUACAACUUGACCAAUCGUGAAUUUGUCAAGAGGAUGCGCCUGGAUAAACUGGAUGCCAACGGACUUCGACGUGGUGACUUGAUGCAGACGAGCUGUGGUAGUCCGUGCUAUGCUGCCCCGGAGCUCGUGGUGAGCGACUCCCUUUACACGGGCCGAAAAGUGGAUGUAUGGAGUUGUGGUGUAAUUCUGUAUGCUAUGCUUGCUGGCUACUUGCCCUUUGACGACGACCCAGCGAACCCCGAAGGCGACAACAUUAACCUUUUGUACAAAUAUAUCGUCUCAACACCUUUGACCUUCCCCGAAUACGUCACACCUCAUGCCCGUGACUUGUUAAGGCGAAUCCUCGUUCCGGACCCUCGCAAACGUGCCGAUCUCUUUGAGGUUGCUCGUCACAGCUGGCUCAGCGAGUUUUCGCAUGUCGUAUCUCACAUUACAAGCAGCACUACCAAUAUUUCUGAUAUUGCAACCACCACGGUUCCUGCCGAAGGGACACAAGAAGGGCCAACUCUCGCCCGUAGCGCUUCCGUUCGCGAACCACAAAAGAGCUUCCAGACCGGCACGUCAACGCUCGGGGGUCUUACCCACCAGCAAGGAAAAGUCGCUCAGGACGAGUCGGCCGAGAAGACAAAGACUUCAAGGGAACAGAAGAGAAGAACAGUGCAGGUGGAAUAUGUCGCGCCUCAGUCACAGACCACCCGGGGCGAAUCCAGCUCGCGGAGUGCAGCCAACUCGGCCGCUGAUGUAUCAACAUCAACCCCCAGAGCAGCGGUACCGGCAGGCCCCCGCGCUCCUCCUGAUCAGAACAAACCUCUCCCUAGCGAACCGCGUGGAGAAGCUAGUCGGACAGACUACUCCUCUUCGAGCCAGGAUAACCGACCUGGUGUCCCUCGUUCGACCUCGGAAACAACUGGAGCAGUGUACAACACACGUCCAAAUACUGGACACUCGAUGGCGUCUCUAAGUGCUGGCAGGCUUCCUUCUCGUGGCUCGUACGGCCAGCCUGUUGCACCGACGGUGGCAGCGACAAAUGCCCAGGGUCGUCUAGCCCAGCCCAAGAACGGCAAACAAUACAACAUCUCAGCGCCGAUACCUCAAGAGGCCGAUAUUUCUAUUGGGCGGCCCAGCACGCAUCAACUGCCGUCCAACUAUAGCCCGAAUCCUCCGGCGGACAUUCCUCGUGGCCACAAGCGGUCAAGUACAGUCAGCAGCAUUGGUGAGAAGAUCUUUGGACGCUCGGGAUCUCUGUUUGGCAAUCGCUCGAGUCAAGGUCCUCGCUCAAAGCCUAGCAAACGAUACCCGCCUACGAGCAUGAAGGAGCCCUAUGCAGGUGAUGACUCGAGAGCCUCGAUAGAUUCUCGACAGUCUACCUCGCGCAUGAGCCGUAGCGAAGGGCGACCACGUCGGUUUUCGCUCAUCAAUUCUCUUAAGGGGCUAUCAUCCUCGGGACGAAGCGAACAGCACAGUGAGACCGAUAGUCAAGAGCACAACUUCUCUAGGCCGGCUACCGGUCCUAGCGGGUCAAUUGGCCGUGGAAAUACAUACGAAGCCUACGUUACUACGCGCGCUUCGGAACGGCCAACAGAGACGGAUUAUAGUGCUCAUAUAGACAGGCAAUUUGCGGAAUUGCAAGAAUACCAAACUGAUGCCUACGCCGAGGGACCCAAUGAGCAUGCAAACAACGACUUUUAUGGUUACCCGAACCACAACAAUGGCGGGUACGACAGCAGGUCGCGGCCGUCUAUGCAAAUUUCCAGGCCCAAACCAGGGGUGUUGCAGAAGAGCAACCGCAAAUUUGCGGACGCGUACGAGUACGAGAGAGAUCCCUCUCAUCACUCUGGGAGCUCGGGAGCGGCGCGCAAAGUCAUGGACUUUUUCCGUCGUCGAGGCAAGGCUAGGGCUGGUGAAUGA